AUGCUCUAUACCAAAACCUGCUUCUACAUCUCGAACCCGCGUACAGCGCUUGAACUGCCGAGCCACAUGCCCCAAUCCCGCCUGAGCCUCUUUCGGCAUGUGGCUGUCGAGUCGGCCCCCUGGGGGGAGAACAUUGCUCCGCGCAUUAUCGGCCGCUGGAAGGAGGUUGUUGAUGCACUGGAGAUGCUUGACGGACUACAGACACUGUGGAUUAUCCUGCGCCCGACCUUCGGGGUGGCUUGGUCCGUUGAGGACCUGAUGGAGCCGGUGGACAGGGCUGCGCUUGCGGUUCGGCCACACAUAUCUCAAACCCGUAUUUUCUCGAUGGCCCCGGUUAAUCCGUCGAAGAGGGAGCCCUGCCCGCGGCAUCCCGGCCCGCAGCAUCCCGAUAGUGAAUUUGAGGUGGACGAUGACUUCUUUUAG